GCAGGGCAGGAGGCCGCGGGGCCCCAUCCGCUGCCCGGUCCGGUCAGCCGGGGCCCGGCGGUGGUUCUCGGGCAUCGCGGGCCUGGGGGAGGCAGGGCGAGGGGUCGGGGAGCCCGGCGGGGCCCGCCUGCCCCGGUGCCGGUCGCGUCCCGCUGGGGCUUCUCGGCCGGCUCAGGCCCGCCCGGUUCGCCCGGCUGCGAGCUGGGGAAGUGAGAGCGGAGAGCCCGCGGUGAGGCCGCCCGCCUGGUGCGGGGACUGAGCUGAAGUUUGUGAUUUGGGCUCUGCGGCUGAGAGAGCUGCGAAAAGAGGAACCCAGCUGAGCAGGGCCCCUGCCACUAACGCGGUUCUGCCUUGAAGGGGCAGGAGAGCCGAGCUGAGCAGCACCAGGUGCUCCUGCGCCGGCCCGAGGCGGGGCUGGGUCGCUGGGCAGCGCUGCACGGCCGUGCCCCUCCAGGAGCGCCGCGGCAGGGGGCAGCAGGCGCGCUCCCUUCUCCUUCCCGACCGGGCACGCUCCGUUCUUCCAUACCAGGCUCCCGGCAGCUGGCUCGCUCCCCGGGCUCGCGGAUUCAGCGGCUGUUAUGCUGGAGGAAGGCAUUCCCUGGAGAGUCCCGGAGACAGAAGUGCUGUAUUUCUAGAGCAGGUACAGUACAGACAGCAGCAAAACAAACCUCUUCUUCUCUGUCGGGCGUUUACCUUCGCUCGUAGAAUGCCCCUGGGAGGGGGAGGACUGGUCGGCGCUUGGCCUCUUUCCUGCGGCUGCUGACUAAGGAGGCCGUGGUGCUGGGCUCGUUGCAAUGUGAACUUGCACCUGUGCCCUAGCAAAGCGGACUGCGAACAGCAUUGCCAAGAAGGAGCAGCAGAGAAGCCGGGUCUCUGUGCCCAGGAAACCUCUUCCGAGCUGUAGAGCUCAUGCACAGAAAACAAGCGCAGCUCUACUUCUAAGUGUGCACCGGUCUCAACGCUGCUGCUUAAUUUCCGACGGGGACCAGAACAACUGGGAGAGAUUCCUGGGGUGCGGAUUUACUUCUUUCAGCUCUGCUAAGUGCAUGUGGAGUCCAAGUCAGUCUUUCACUGCAAGAGACAGGACCUCUAGGUCCUCAGCUGGGUGACUUCCUGCAGAAUUUGUGAUUCAAAUAGCUGUCUUGCACUGUUUCUGAACUCUAGAUUGCCUUGGUCGGGUGGCACUCCGUCCUGCUGCAAUGAGUGGGAAGUCCUUGCUCUUAAAGGUCAUUCUGCUUGGGGAUGGUGGGGUUGGGAAAAGCUCCCUCAUGAACCGGUACGUCACCAACAAGUUUGACUCGCAGGCUUUCCACACGAUUGGUGUGGAGUUCUUAAACCGGGACCUGGAGGUGGAUGGGCGUUUUGUGACCCUCCAGAUUUGGGACACUGCGGGACAGGAGAGAUUCAAGAGCCUGCGAACCCCCUUUUACAGGGGAGCCGACUGCUGCCUGCUGACCUUCAGCGUGGACGACCGGCAGAGCUUUGAGAACCUCAGUAACUGGCAGAAGGAGUUCGUCUAUUACGCUGACGUGAAGGACCCCGAACACUUCCCCUUCGUGGUUCUGGGCAACAAGAUCGACAAACUUGAAAGACAGGUGAGCACGGAGGAGGCGCAGGCCUGGUGCAUGGAGAACGGUAACUACCCCUACCUGGAGACUAGUGCCAAGGAUGACACCAACGUGGCGGUGGCCUUCGAGGAGGCCGUGCGGCAGGUGCUGGCGGUGGAGGAGCAGCUAGAGCACUGCAUGCUGGGCCACACCAUUGACCUGCACUCCAGCUCCAAGUCGGGGUCCUCCUGCUGUUAAGAGAGGCUGCCGCUUCGGGAGCGUCGCUUGGGCCGGCGGCUGGAUCGGAAUAAGUGCGGGCAGCUCUGGGGCACUCUGAGGCGGGCGGCCACAAGGACGAUAGGUGGUUUGCUCACUGGGCAGUUUGCAGCCUUACCGCCUGAAUUCUGGCUGGAGUUCCCGGGCGCAAAGGAUGUGUCUACAGGAGGGAGCUGCCAGAGAGCAUGCGAAUGUAGUCCUGCUUCCAUCUCUGCCUGUUUUAGCAGGUUUAAAGGACUGGGUUAAACUAAAGACAGUGAAUUUUGAUCUGUACCGAGAACUGCCUGCAGAACAAAGCUGAGGGCGCUCCAGACACUCUUUGAAGUGUUUUAGCCCCGAACUCGAAAAAUACUAGACCCACUAAACUCAUGACCUUACUGCCAAAGGAAAGUCUGCUCAGCAUACUGAGUGAAACCUCUUGGGGAGGCUGUGGCCCACACAACUGUGAGAAUGCCAGGUACUAGAGUGGUGAGAUGUGUGUAUCUGUUCCUUGGGAUCAAGGCAUUCUGUCCUGAGACUGAAUUGUACUAAGAAUUGUGAGAACUCUGUUACGAAACAACAUAGAAAGGACAGAAGAAACCGAAUGCUGCAGCAUCACUUCUUCGUAGCUGCCUGUUUCUGGUCUGUUUUUCCCCACCUUUAACUUUGUCUUGUGUGGGUGUUGUUUUGUGGAGAGACUGGCUGCUGCUUGUUUAAUGUAUGUUUCCUUGUCUCUUCUGGAGGCUCAACACCAGAUCUUGCUUCUCAUAUCUUGAAUAGCCCUGGAUGAAAAAUACCGAUGUGGAUACUCUCCAGGUCAUGUCAAAGGGUUUAGAGUUACUCGGGAGUUCAGGAGACCUGGAGCAUGAGUCGUCAGCUGGUUUCUGCCAGAAGUAACCGCUGCGUCCAGACGAUGUGCUCUGGCAGACUGGCUGGAAGGUGUGGGGGAUGUCUCCUCAGAGUGCAGCUGGCCGGCUCAUGCGUGGUCAGCUGUUAAAUCCGCUCGUUCUGUGCGUGGGGCCGGUGACCACCGUGCUUUGUUAGCUGGUGGGUCAGCAUCUUCGGUUGCUUUAACAUAGACGUUCCUAUUUAGAUGCUGCAACGGUAUUACCUGUUCUGUCAGGGACAGUGCUGCUCAGCGCAGUGAACUCACGCCAUUGCCCUGGCCCUUGCUCCCUACAGGAGAAUCAAAUACAUUUUGUCUGUAACUCAACUGACGUACUACUGGUAGCGAAUGUCUGCUCAGUUAAUUGGCCCUUGUUAAUGGCAGCUGUGUUCAGUCCACUGUGGAGAGGUCUGGACUGAUUCCACUUCUGGUCAAGGUGGCUGAAAAACAUGGGGGGGCAGGAAGCCUUCUAGGAAAGGAUGCCAGGCUUUGCUAAUCCCAGCUCCUGCCCCCUGCUAGUGUUAGUCCCAAGCUAUUUGUGUGUAGCAGAGAGGUCAGCGCUUGCUGGCUGCUGUCUUUGCCAUUGUAACCUCAUCUCCUGCAACUUCCCGUGUGAGUGUUUGUUCAGAACUAUGACUUUGCCUGUAAGCACGUAGGAGCCUGUCACGGGAAGAGCUUUCCUGAGUGUGUAUCCGCUAGCUGCUGAAUGCAGUUCCCACUGUGAUGAGCUACUGGAUAGCAAAUCGCGUAGCUCACGUAGAGCAGCCUCAUAUACUCUGCUUUAGAGCAGGAGAGUCUCCGCUCUCACACUGGCUGGUGGCAGCUAAUCCCCGUCCCCUAGCAGUCUCUGAACUUGCAGGGUGUCUCCUCUGGGAACUCAGGGUGAUCCUGCCCUUCUCACAGGGCAGCCACACGUGGAAGGGGCUGAAGCUUUAACACAAAGUGCUUUGGGGUCAUCUGAUUUCUAAACAGGGCUGAACGCUCACAUUCACAGGAAUGGAUAGGGAGUGCUUGCAGCCUCUGAAAAAUCAGGUCCCUUGAAGUGUAAGAGAAGGCUCUGCCUCUGUAGGUGCAACAUAUUUUUACAGGAUUUUAAAAUUAAUAUUACUAUUUAUUUAACAAUGUCUGACCUCCACCUACCUUUAGAUUUUUCUUCAGUUCAACACAGCUUAACAUUUCCUUCAAGAUCCCAAACUGUGACCUGUGGUUCUGCUCCGAACAGACGCGUUCCACUGGAGCUCAUUCCCACAGAGGCCCUCUGGGCUCAGGCUCCUGUUUGCUGUCCAGCCUGGCAUGGGGGCUGCAGAGGAAGCUCCCUGCAGGUGAAACUGCCUCUGUCCCAGCACGGAUCUUGUGAUCUCUGUGAGGACUGUACCUCUGGUGGGCGAGGGCAGGGACUGAGCAGCCUGUGGUGCAGGAGGAAUACACGCACAGCACAGGCACAGCACAGCAUGCUGUUUGCCGUGCCUCGGGGGCGUGUUGAUGCUCCUGGCUGAAGCUCGAGAGCCUCAUGGUUCACAGGCUGUGCAAACAGUGUGCGUUCCUUGGAGGGUGCUGCACGGCAUCUUUUAUUUCUAACAGAUGUUGGAUUGCCUUUUUAAAACAAAAAAUAUUUUAUUAGGCUUAUGUGUUUUUAAAAAUCCAUUUAAAAGUAUAGUAUAUUUAAAUUGUUUAAUUUAUUCUAAAUGAUACGCACAAUUUCCGAAGGAGCCAGGAUCUUGAACUCUUUGUUGCAAAGUUCAGUGCCAACAGCUGUCCCCUCCCUGUGUCCACUCAUGCUGCUGCAGUUGUUGCUAUCGCUACGGAACUGGAAUUGUAAAACUGAGAUUCUACCUUUAUUUAAGCAAAUAAAACGUGGAUGUACUCGA